UUUCAUUUAAGGAAAAAAUGAAAAUGACUCAGCUCACACGUACUUUUUGCCACCUGUCAUUGUUAAGACAGUUAGCACCACGUUGACAGUUUUUAUGCAACCUUUAAUGAUUGAAAAGGCCACGGCGCGUGUCCAUCACGCUAGAUGCGAUCGACAACUCUCCCUCUGGUUCUGGGAAAACCCAAAUCACGUUUAGCAGCAGCAUUCCGACAAUGAACAGGACUGUCGCAAGAAAAUUUGGCUCAAAUGUUAAUAGAUUGAGAAUUCCCUGGAGGCAGCCAUUUUCUAAUGAUGCAGUCCCAAUAUCAUCUACCUCCAAUGCUGCUAACCUUGAAAAGGAGAGUGAAGAUCUACGGUAUGACAUUGCCAUUGUUGGAGGUGGCAUGGUUGGCCUGGCUCUUGCUUGUUCCUUGGCUACCAGACCGUUAACGAAGCAUUUGACUGUUGCCAUCAUUGAUAGCAAUCUGGCUUUGAGGAGAAAACAUUUCAUUGAGAAAGAAGUCCAUCCUGAUCCCAGGGUCAGUACAGUUACACCUGCGACUAUAUCUUUCUUCAAAGAUAUUGGUGCUUGGCAAUAUGUCGAGCAGCAUCGGCAUGCCUAUUUUGAUAAGAUGCAGGUUUGGGAUUAUACUGGCCUAGGUUAUACAAAAUACAAUGCCAGGGACGCAAACAAAGAAGUACUCGGGUGUGUGGUGGAGAAUAAGGUGCUUCUUAGUUCUUUGUUGUCACGUUUGCAGGAUACAGAUUUUCAGAAGAAAAUAUACCCAUCAAGAUUGACUUCAAUGUCUAUACUACCAAAUUCUUCAUCCUUGGAAGUGGACAGCACAUUAUCAGUAACAGCUUCGUUCACUCAUGGGCGUUUAGCUAAGUUAGAACUGGAGGACGGAAAUAGCCUAUAUGCAAAGUUGGUGGUAGGAGCCGAUGGGGGAAAGUCACGAGUUAGAGAAUUAGCAGGAUUCAGAACAACUGGAUGGAACUACUCACAGAAUGCCAUAAUAUGUACAGUAGAACAUGCUGUAGAAAAUCAUUGUGCAUGGCAGAGGUUUCUACCUGCUGGUCCAAUUGCACUUCUGCCAAUAGGUGAUAAGUUUAGCAAUAUCGUUUGGACUAUGAACCCGAAAGAGUCAUCAGAGUUCAAAUCAAUGAGUGAGGAUGACUUUCUGAAAGCUUUAAAUUAUGCUCUGGAUCAUGGAUAUGGUCCUCACCCUACAUCAAGCUUAUUGGGUAAUGCGGACAUUUUUUCUUGGCUCAAAGGAGUUGUAUCCAGGUCAGCUAAUGAUUGCUUUGAAAUUCCACCAAAAGUAGUCAAGUUGGCCUCUGAAAGAAUGGCCUUCCCAUUAUCCUUAAGGCAUGCCAAUGACUAUGCAUCAAAUCGUGUUGUUCUAAUUGGUGAUGCAGCUCAUACUGUACAUCCUUUGGCUGGCCAAGGAGUUAAUUUGGGUUUCGGAGAUGCAUCUACACUUUCAAGUGUCAUUUCAGAGGGUAUUGCAGUAGGCACUGACAUUGGGGAGAUAUUGCUACUGAAGAAAUAUGAAGCAGACAGAAAACCGACAAAUGUUAUGAUGAUGGCAGUCCUGGAUGGUUUUCAGAAGGCAUACACUGUUGAUUUUGGUCCUUUAAAUAUUUUACGAGCUGCUGCAUUCCAUGGGGCUCACUAUAUUUCACCACUUAAAAAGAGCAUCAUCUCAUAUGCCUCAGGUGAGCAGAGACUGCCAUUAUUAUCUUGAAGACCUUGAUAAACGUGUUUCCCAACAUCAUCUUAUACAGGAGUAACUUGUUGUCUGGAAGGAUUAAAAGAAUAAUUGUAAAGUGCAACUCUGAUAGGUGACGAAUUGCAUGUCUGGGACAGCACCUUCAUGAUCAUGUGUCUUUCUGUAUUCGUGUUUUAUUUUUUUAAAAUUAUCUAGUCUUAUCGUAUUGUGUACGUGCUUUGUAGCUCUUAUGUGGACAAAGAUCCCAUCUAAUCUAUACAAGAAAAUUUUGGUUAUAUCUGUUGUGCAUC